AUGCGCAGUGAUGGUCCACCAGUGCCCGCAAGCUUCGUAUCGGAAGAUGGCUCCAGUGAAGGGGCCGCAACCGCCGAAACUGGCCCAACAGACCAAGUUGUAAGAGAUGACCUUGUGGGACAGGCAAGCCGCUUGCAGUCCUUGCAGGCCUUGCGGGGGACUCCUGUUCCAGCGACGCAGCAUGAAAGGCUGAAAUCAACUCCGCAAAAGCCCAGGGGCCAAAAGAAAUCAAAACGCGAUGAGAAGGAGCUCAGUGUCGCUGAAAGCCCAUUAACGGCCAAAGCGAAGUUUGUGGGUGUGCUUGCGGGGACCGUCUCAACGCGACCAAGGGGAGCAUCAAGUGUUGGAACAGCUGCUGAGAGGAAGUACAAGGAAAUGGCAGAGCAACGUGUCAAGGAUAUGCUGCUGUCUUGUGAGCGAGGAGAUGUCCAGCAAGGCAAGGCAUCAGCCCUGAAGCGAGGGGAAGUGGAGUUCAGUGGACUGGGAACUGGAGGACACCGCGCCCACUACAUCAUUGCUCCUGCUGAAAUGGAAGACGCAGAUGACAUAUUGCGAUGGAUGUUUGUUCGGCAGGAUGGGUGGCGUCUGAAUCCUCCGAAUCUGUUGCUGUCCUGCUAUGGCGGCAGAGAUCACUAUGUCAACUGGUCUCAGUCAGACACGCUGAGGAGUCGAAAAGCAUGGGGAAGUGCAACCCCUGACGUAUUUGGCGCCAGCAGCCACGCCGAAGCUCGUGCCAGCCGAAUGCCUGCCGAGACUCGUGCCAGCCGCAGGCAGACAAGGAAAAAGCAGCCUGAGGAUGCUUUGCCUCCUGAUUCGGACGACUGGAAAUUUAGAAGAAAGUUUAAGAGUCGGCUGAAUGAGAUUGCAGCUGGUGUUUGCCAAGCUGUCACCGAAUGUGGCGGAUGGUUCGAUUUGGGCAGAGGGCAACGAGGCGGCUUGAAUGAGGUGUUGAUGGACGGACUGAAAGUCUACUGGUCGGCGUUUGGUUGCCUUGCAGGUCACAAAGCCGAGUCUGUAGUACUCUGUGCACGCCUGUUGGACACUACUGAGUUUAAAGACGACUUUGUAGCCUGUGCAACGGAUGUUGCUACCUAUGGUCACCAAAAGCAACACAACAGUCUGCUGGAGCAGCGGGUGAUUUACCCGUCAGUGAACGAGGUGUUGUUUCCCGAGCUUGGCCAAUACGGAGGCAAGCUGGCUGAUGAACAGGACCUUGAAGGUACGGGUAUGGAUGAAGAUGAUGAUGGUGAUGAUGGCAGGUGUCGCAAGAGCAAGAGUGCUGAGGGCCUGUGUCAAGACGUCCGUGCCCAUAUUUCUCAGAGAUUCCUCUGCAACGCGCUUACACAUAUUAUUUUCGUUCAGAACCAGCAGGCACUUGACAGAUUAAGACACAAGCUGCGUUCUCUGGCCACGCGGGCUACCAUUUUCGCAAAUGGCAAUAAAGCCCUCAUCGAGCCGGGAGUCGAUGGGAAGAUCUUGAUGGAGGCUAUGGCAGGCGUGCCAGUGGUCUGUCUUCACAACACAGGUGGUGCUGCUGAAAUGCUGGGGGCAUCCGUGCUGAAGAGGCGCCAGCCCAAUCUGCCAUUGGACAUCUCGCAGUAUAACUACGAGCUACCAGAGCAUGUUCCUGAUGACCAGUUCCUCAUAUUGAACCCUGCCAAAGACUCAGUCGAAAAAGUUAUCAACAAACUGACGCUUGUUUUGUCGACGGUCCAGGACGACGAGAUGAUGGAAGUUGGCUACGCCAAGAGUGAAGAGAACCGUCUGCGCUAUGCUUGGGAACAGCACCUGCUAUACUCCUACAACGCAGCCAUGUUCCGACGAAGGGCCAGGCUACUCCACUACACUGCUAUGCUGCUGUCGGUUGUUGUCACAGUGGUGGCCACACUUUCUCAACAAAGUGAGAGAGCGCCGGAUUGGUCCUUGCCUCAAUCAGAGCUCAAAGUCUUGUUGUUAGUCUUGCCCUGCGUUAGUACAUUCGUGCUGACCUCCAUCAGCCGACUGAACCAUGUCAACAAAUGGGCGGCACUGGAAGGUGGCGCAGUGCAUGUGAAAAGUGAAAUCUAUCAGUAUCGCUGUCGCGUGCUUGAUUAUCAGCCCCGAAAGGCUGGUAACAUGGACAUUCAAGACCGGGUAGAGGACUUGUGCGAUAAGCCUCUACUGGUAUCCGAUGAUCCGACCGCUCUUGCAGAAGGAGCCAGGAAGAAGCGGAAGAGAGCUGACACAUUUGCACCAAAAGGCAUGAGCCGACGUUGCGCCUUUUCAGCAAACUUAGAGAGAAUCAACUCUGAUGCCACUGGGUCGGAUGUGCGAGGAGACUACCUGGCAAUGCCACCCGAUUCAGCUAUGGAAAACCUCCUGGGCUCUCUCUAUGACUGGGCAAAUGUGCGCGCACCUGCAUCGCAACUACUCAUACUGCACCUGGAUUUGGAGUGUUGUUGGAGGGAGGUUGUGCUUUCGUAA